AUGGAGUCUGUCAUCAAGCCACUCCAUCGACCACCACAGCGACUCCAACCACCACCACCACAGCUGCUCCAACUACUACCACAGCUGCUCCAACCACAACCACAGCAGCUCCAACAACAACCACAGCAGCUCCAACAACAACUACAGCAGCUCCAACAACAACCACAGCUGCUCCAACAACCACACCAGCUGCUCCAACAACUACCACAGGUUCUCCAACAACAACCACUGCUGCUCAGACAACUACCACAGCUUGGGCCCCCCAAAAUACCACGGUGUUUCCCCAAAUACCAACCCCCAGCUGUCCCAAAAAAAUACCCAAAUGCUCCAACUCCCCCCAAAAAAUGCCCCCAACGCCCCACAAGGGUCCCACCAAAUACCCCGGCUGCUCCAACUACCCCACGGGCUCCAAAAAUACUACCACAGCUGCUCCCUACCACCACAGGUGCUCCCAAAUACCACUGCUGCCCCCCAACACCAAACCCCUGCUUUUCCCAAAUACCCCUUUCAGCUGCUCCAACAACCACAACAGUACUAACAAUAAAACAGCUGUCCAACAACUUCCACAGCUGCACCAACUUUUACCCCAGUGCUCCCAAAAACCCCAAAAAGCUUUUCCAAAAAAUACAACAGCUGCUGCAAAAACAACCAUGCUGCUCAAACCCCCCACCCAGCUGGGUUCCAAAAAACAAAACCCCUUUCUCCAACCACCACCCCAGCUGCCCCAAUACCCCCAAGCUGCCCCCAAAAAAAAACCACAGCUGCUCAACCCCAAAAACCACAGCCGGCUCCAACAACAACCACCCGGCCCCCAAAAACCCCCCAAAAAAACUGCUGCAAAACUACCCCAGUUCUCCAACAACCCAGUGCUCCCCAAAAAUUUCCAAAAUCGUCAACAAAAACAAACCCUGGUUUAGACAACUACCCCCAGCUGCUCAACUACCACCACAGUGCUCCAAAACCCACCACGGUGCCCCCAAAAUACCACCCCAGCUGCUCCAAACACUACCACAGCUGCUCCCCAAACAACCCCCAAAGCGCUCCAAAAAGCCCCACAGCUGCUCCAAAACUACCCCGGGUGCUCCAAAAUACCACACCCGCUGUUUCCCAAAUAUCCACAGUUUUCCAACUACCCCCAGCUGCUCCAACAGCCCCCAGCUGCUUUCCAAAAAAAUACCACGGGUGCUCCAAAUAAACCCCCACAGCUGCCCAACUACUAACCCCAGCCCGCCCAACUACCACCACAGCUGCUCCAACAACCCCAACAGCUGCUGCAAAAAACUACACAGCUGCUCCCAACAUACCACAGUGGGUCCAACAAAUUUCACAUGCCCCCAAAAACAACCCAGUGCCCCCAAAAAAACCCCAACGCUGCGAAUAAACUAA